CUGAAAGGCCUCAUUGUGCGUUUCCUCUCGUGACGAAGCGCUCGCCUGUUCUCUGUCUCAUCCUCAAGGACAAGCGCAGCUUCCGUGCGUCAAGGACCGCGAUGUUCCAGGGAUGAGUCCCGGCGCCCUGAUGGGCGCAUCAGGGUGAGCCCCGAGGGCCGGCGCGGCUCUGUCCCUGGGAAGCCCAGGUCCUGCUGACCUCACACUCCACUGACUCCUCUCUAUGCUACACCUUGAUUCCUAUGGACACACGAGACCAUGUCCCAGCUCCUCUGCCCGCCAGUCCUCUGGAGUCAGUGUGCCGGCUGGCGAGCCCUCCGCCUGGCUGAAAGCUGGAUCUCAAUAAACAUGCAUUCAGGGCUGGGAAAAUUGAGCCGAGUCAUCCCAUUUGGCUACCGUCCCAGAGCGGCAGUCCCAGGACCAGCACCUCCGCACGUGACGGCCGCAGCUCCAUGGACCAAACACAGAGAAGAAUCCUGGGCCAGCCCCUUUCUAUGCCCACCACCCAGCCCAAGAAGAAAAGGACUCCCAUGAUGUCUUUCUUUUCCAAGGUCUCUUGGAAACUGAGGUUCCAGAAGAGGGAGCAUUUGAAGAAUGUGCUUUACAUCUUGGCAGAAAGAGCCCGGGACCCCAGUGCUAAAAAGCGUCACAUGGCAGUGAGGGGCCUGGGAACUAUGGCCUGUGAGAACCCUGACAAGGUGAGAAAGUAUAAGAAAGUUGUCCUAGACAUGCUGGUGCAUGGAUUGUAUGAUCCCAUGAGUUCGGAAGUCAUCCACGAGAGUCUGAAGACUCUGACCAUCAUCCUGGGCAAGAUCCAAGGGAAAGGUUUGGGCUCCUUCUUCAUAGACAUCACUCUUCAGACCAGGACUCUACUAGAUGACGAGAAUGACAGCCUGAGAUACUCGGCCUUUGUCUUGUUUGGGCAAUUGCCUGCCUUUGCUGGGCGGAAAUGGAAGAAAUUUUUCACCAAUCAAGUUAAGCAGACUCAAGAUUCCCUCCUGAUCCAUUUACAGGACAGAAAUCCCCAGGUGGCCAAGGCUUGCAAAACCACAUUCCGAGCCUGUUCUCCCUACCUGAGGCAAAGGAAGGAGCGCAGCUUCCAGAGUGAGGACGAUCAAAGGAACCCCAAGCUUUGCAGGCAGCUGAGCCUCUACCAUCCCGAGCUCCUGCAGUACUUCUACGCAAAUAAGAUUCUGUAAACGCAGAGCCGAGGGAAAUGCUUCCAUGUGAGCAGAUUGCAGGAGGGCUGAUCUCUCCCUCUCCCAGCUCUUCAGAUGCUCCGGCCGGCCUCUUGCAACUGCAUAGAAAAGGGGGUGCUGGGAGAGCAGCUGAUGGCGAAGAGAAUACUGUGCUAUUGUAUGAUGAUGUCCAGAGCAAAGCUGAAGGCUUUCCCAGCCCGUUUCUCCCCAUGCAAAUUUGAUGAGAAAGUCCAUACUUUCUUUAAUGCAUUUAAAGUUUAUGUUGAUUCAGUGCUUAUUUCUCAGCUUUUUACUUAAGUUCAAUGCUAUCACAUCAUCUUUUUUU